AUGACGGGCCAAAUAUGGAAUUGCGAGAGUCUUGUACGUAGUUUCAUAGAUAGUCUCCUUGUGGUAAGGACUUUACUCAUCCUCGUGAAUGAGGCUUUUGCAGUUUCUAUUCGAACUCGUCUCUCGGUGUCACUCUCCCAAGAAUUAAUCACCCAAGAUCCAAGACCUUGUUCUGAAUAUGCAAUAAGGAUAGUGUCGUCAGCAUAUAUCAAGUUAUUAAUUAGACGACCGUCGGAGGAGACAAAAUGCAUCCCUGACGCAAUCGUCUUCGAUUGCGAU